GUGGUGGUGGUGGUGGUGGUGGUGGUGGUAGCGACGGCGGCGGCAGGCGGCGGCGAUGAGCAUAAAGAGGAUAGGAUAAUAUCGGUGCGCGUCCUUUCGCGGAGGUGUCCUUUCACGGGGCUUUAUAUCCGGAUUCGUCUCGCGAUCACUCGUAGCCGAUCUGUACAAUGUAGUUAUGCCGAAAAAAGGUACGCGACACGUGAGGGAGUUGGGGAACACUAAAAGCGUGCAACAACAACAACAGCAGCAGCAGCAACAACAACAACAACAACAACAGCAGCAGCAGCAGCAACAUCCAGCACUGCUGCAGCCGCUCGAUGCGGCGACGGCGACGACUGUCUCGGAAGUGGCGACAGCGAAACAUUUUCGCAGCAUUCGUAUCGGUUUGACCAACGGCAAACGCUGGUUGUCGCUCAAGAAUCGUCUGGGCUUGACGACAGACGAGGAUGUCGCGGUAUACUUGCUGGAUCUUGCGGAAUCUGUCGCUGCCACUAGGCAACAAAAUAAAUGCAAUGGAGCAGAGGAUUGGAAAGCAAAUCAGGAUCACAAUGAUCGGAAUGAAGAAGCUAUCAAGACCUCAGCUGAAAGCUCAAAUAAAAGAGAGGAGAGAAAGGAUGAGGAAGGCGAUGAGAAUCUGGAUGAGGAGGGAGAAGAGGAGGAGGAGGAAAAAGAGGAAGAGGAGCAGCAGCAGCAGCAGCAGCAGCAACAGGAGCAGAAACAGGAGCAGGAGCCUGUUCGCAGAAGUUCAAGGAAACAAAAUCUAACAUCAGAUAUGGUUGAGAUGUCUUCUACCCAUAUAAUAAGUGACAACCUAUCGGAAGUGUUAGAAGAUGUUAUUAAAUUGCAUGUGCGACAUAGUUCAAGAUCAAAGCAUCACAAGAAUAAGACAAGACAUCGCAGGGAUAAGCGAAAGAAACGGCGACACAUGAAAAACAGCGCUGAAGAUAGAAGCUCCACUGGUUUAAACAAAUUCGAAAAUACCAACAGAAAUACACCAGAUAUACAAAAUGACUUGGCACAGAGUAAAGAUUUGAAUAAUUGCAAGCCGACCGUAAUCAAUGAAUUGGACACUAAAUUGAAAUUAAUUGUAGGGAGUUUUGAAAUUGAUACAAAGGACAUUAAAUCCCCUAUGACUAAGACUGAUCAUGUAGAUAAUAUAAGAUUUCGAAACGAUGUAAAUAGUACGACAAAUAGCGAUACCAGGUGCAAAGUAAAUGCGAUCGAUGUACCUGGCGAAUCGACGAGGGAUAUUUUAGAAGGUAAUAGGAUAAUCAAGCUGCAUUUUAAUGAUACAACCGUAUCGUUCCUUCCGAAUCACGCGUGUAACAUCAAGGAUUCAAACAAGGAAGAUAUAGAACAUUUAUCAAAUUCAACAUCCAAUGGCGAUGACUCUAUCAAAAUGCAGGCCUCGGAUACACCUAAGAAAGAAAACGAGGCCAAGAUAGCACGUUGUUUGGAAUCGCAUGAGUACAAGGAUCCGACAUCCCGGAACACGUCAAAAAAUGGCGAAUCCAAAGAUCCGGAGGAUCGCAAGCUCAAGAAGAAACGAAAACGUCCGCGUCACGAUAUGCAAGUCGACGAGAAUUCCGCGAAGGAUCUCUCUGAAAAUAGUGCUUUGGAUGAAGCGACGGUGUUUAAACAUCGGCGAAAAAAACGUAAGCACAUAAACGAGCACAAAAGCAAAAAACAUGAUAUACGAAAGGCGCCGCAAGACGGCAUGCUCGUUCAAGAGGAGACGCGAGAGGUGUGUCCGCCAAAGGCCGAGCUGCUGUCUUCGAGAGCGAGAUCUGAAAAGAGUGUCGACGGCAAUGACGAUGUCACAUCGGAGCCACAGAGGCUCGCAAUAAAGAUUAAGCUUUGUCAGGAAUGCAGCACCCGUCAUUUGCAAGACGCUUGUCCUUUAAUAAUAUCGCUGCACGCGAUAGCCGAUGCGAUUUCCUAUGAGGAAUGGCUGAGCAAGCAUAAUGAGAAUGUAGAGAUUAUGAAAGUCAUCAAGUCGGAGAACCCAAUGUCACAGGGUUACGACAGAUUAAUGUACGAUAGCGUGGAAUCAGACGAUGAAUCGACUUCUAACGAAGUAUGCAAAACCAAAUCGAAAGUACCGAGGGAAGAGAUGCAGCUGGUAGUGGAUAUGGAUCGACCCUUGUAUGCGAGAGAUUCUCUACCGGAUUGUCUCGAAUUAAAGAUGACUAAUGCCGAUCACGGUCUCGGCGUUUACACCAAGGAGCCAUUACCCAUAUAUGCCAAAUUUGGUCCACUUAUCGGUGUAUCGGUUAGAGAAAUGGACAUCCCGGAUGAUUUCUCUAUGCGCCACAUUUGGGAGAUAGAUAAUAAUGGGAAGAGUACAUAUAUCAGUACUACGGAUCCAGUAAAAAGCAAUUGGAUUCGAUACAUUCGACCAGCAGAGACAAAGGAGAAGAGGAACAUUGCAGUAAUCAUUAAGCGUGGUCAACUGUAUUUCGUUACAACCCGGAAUAUCAUAUCAGGGGUAGAACUUACAUAUUGGGUAGAAUCACAAUCUUCCAUGCGAACUAGAAAAAAUAAGAUUAACAAAACAAAUUGUGGAGGUUGCAAUCUUAUUUUUGCACACUCUAUAUAUUAUCGACUGCAUUGUUGCAUCUUCCAUGACAUGAAUUAUAGUUUAACGAUAAGAAAAUAUCAUUGCAAGGUUUGCGGUGCCACAGUACUUGGCAAGGAUAAUAUUAUGAAACAUGCGGCCGAAUUGCAUGAUGGUCGCGGCGCAUAUCAGUGUCAAUAUUGCAAAAAGUUUUUUUUGAGACUAAAUUACUUGGAAAUGCAUCGAACUUAUGGAUGUUCGCAAAAUCCGCAUCGAGCACGACCGCUAUGCGAUUAUUGCGGCCGCAAAUUCUGUCAACCGCAAAAAUUGAAAGUACACAUCAAGAGGAUGCACAGCGAUAUAGAUGAAGUACUUAGAGAAUUUCAAUGUAAAUUAUGUUUGAAACUCUUGGGUUCUCGAGCGGCUUUACAACGGCACAUGAAAGAGGUUCAUCAUAAAGACGUUAUUGCUGCGGCCACGUGCGAUCGAUGUGGAAAAAUGUUCCAGAACAAGAGCAAUUUAAAGAUACAUAUGUUGACUCAUAGCGGCGUUAAACCCUUUAGAUGCAAAGAGGUCGGCUGUAAAUCAGCUUUCACUACAAAACAGUGUUUACAGUUUCAUUACAAGAAGGUACAUGGCCUUACAGAGGAGAUGAUGCCCAAAAUUGAAAGAUCCGUGGCAUAUACUUUCGAUGCAUACAGCGGUGGUCUCGUUGAAGACGUGCCUUGUAGAAAGAUCAUCCGUUCCAAUAGAAGAAAUUCACAGCAGGACAAUAGCAAUAGUUUACCGUCUUUGGACGACUGCAGCUCGGAAAGCAGCCUGAAAGUCGAAACAUCGACACCAGCACCGACACCAGUACUGGCACCAGUAUCGGCACUAAUAUCGGCACCAGCAUCGGUAUCGGCAUCCGAUUCGAGAGUAGAGGCAACGGCAAUGACAUCCACAUCGUCAUCAUCAUCACCAUCAGCAUCGACAUCAGCAUUAACAGCGGCAACGUCAGCAGCAGCGCCAGUAUCAAUAUCGAUAUCGGUAUCGGUAUUGACGUCAGCAUCGACAUCAGCAGCAGCGAUGUCAAAUUCUACUCACAAUGUCGUUGUAGAUUCGUUACAAAAUGAGACAAAUAGUACGGUGAAAUAUAAAACGAAACAACAAGAACCUCUAAUACCAACAUCGACUGCUUCUUUGACCGGUGUUCUUGAUGUAACGAUGAUGGAGAAUGAUCAGACAGAAGUUGACCUAUAUGACACAUCGAGGACGUUGAGCAAGAGCAACAAAAAAUGGUUGGUUGAAUUCAAUCCACCGCCGCCUACGUCCAAUAUCGCCGUUCAUUUGCCAGCGGUCUCGGCGCCGUCUUCCGAUAUUUAUGAUUUUGAAGAUGGCAGAAAGGAUGAUAGCAGCGAGAAAGCGAUCUCGCGCACCAACACGGCAACGCCGAAUUUGAUAGAGAGUAACAAGUUACGAUUGAACGUAUACCGUAGGACGGAGAGUACAAAUGCGAGUUUGCUGGUUGAAGCGGCCCUAGAUGCCGCCGAGAGAGAUAUAGGAGCAGUAUCCAGUCCGAUUUUAGAGGACAACGAUCGGGAAACCAAUCUCUAUUCCAUCUCGAGCCAAUUACAAUCACCAAUACCGCAAUCGCGAUCACCGAAUCAUCUAGAUCCGUAUAUCGUACAACAAGAAGAGGAAUUAAUUUCGCCCGCACCGACGCCAGAUGAUCGACACACUUCCCCUAGCCACCUACACGUGGACUAUCAUUUACAUCGAUCGGUCGAUCAACCGGUCUACAUCAAUGCCUCGCGAACGCACAAUAUCGAACAAUAUCUGCAUCAUGAGGAACUGCCGCGCGUCUCUUCGCCGAAUUAUAUACAUAUGCAACCAGAAGACUUAGUGUCACCAUCAGCCACCCCGAAUCGCUACCAAGAUGUUCAUCAUCACCAGGUGCCAACGGAUAAUUUGUCGAGCGAUGAAGGCGAUUCAGUGGCGCAAAACCUUAGCCUAUCCGUGAAAGAGAAAGCGUUGCAAUUGGACUUGUCGACGCCCUACAAGUACGACUCACUCGAACAGGAUUUCACUAGAGAAAGAUCCAGUUUUGAGCCAUUGGUGCUCAAUAGUGGUGAACUUCAGGGUCUAGACAUGUCUGCCCGAGGUUUUCAUCACAGUUUUGGCACCCAAAUGCAAAAUACCCGUUAUCACCAUCAUCAUUUGUACGAUAUCGGAGAACGACAAAGCGUGGAUCUCAGCAGAACCGGCAGUUAUUCUAUGUCGCCACCUCCACCACCGCCACCACCUUAUCCUCACAACAACGUUGUGCGAGUGCUUAGUUUAGAUCUCACUCCUGGUGGCAGACACAGUGUCGAUUUGAGUCUUUCCAGAUCGCAUCAUUUGCACGGAUCCGGCACUCGUGUUAUUACCAGCCCGCAAUCUACCGGCUCGACUACGACACAUGUGGUAUCUGAUGCCGGCGAAGGUCGAAUGUUAUCUCCACCUCCUUUAUCUGGAUAUAAUCCUAGUUAUCCCGUAAGUCCAGCCCCGUAUCAUCCUCCACGAUCUGGAUACCAUCAUUAUCCCGGUUAUUCUGAUCGUCGUUAAUGAAUGUCAUGAUAGUUUAUACGGUCGACAUCAUCUCGACAAUUUUUAUUUUACUUUUCGAUUUUUCUAAUCGUUUUGUUCUAAAUAAAUUUACUUUAAAGUUUUUGUUAAUUUAAAUACAAUAUUUUAUCUCAUGAUUGUUUUAUAACUUGCCGCGUCGCAAGCGAGAAGUAUCACUCUUACACGUUGAAAGUUAUGAAGAGUAGAACAGUUAUACUUUUAUUGCUACUCUUUAUAUUUAAGUCGGGACGAUGUAGCGAACAUAACAAUUUCGAUCGUGAUUAAAAAAUAUAGCGAAAAAGGACACGAUUUUUUGGUUCAAGAAGAUAAUGAAGAAGUCAUUAAUAUCAUGCGACAGAUAGCAAACAAUUGAAACACCGUUACUUAACGCGGUACAUGGAUAAAAGUGUAGACGGUACAUUCACGACGUUCAGAACAAUGUUAUUUUUUUAAAAAAAAUCUAGUAUGAGGCUUUACGGAAAAAAAUCUGUUCCACAAUGAUCAACUGUGUAUCGAUAAAAAUGAAUUAAUUUAUCCGUAAUCAUAUAACUGUUAAAUUAUUUAUUGUUUAUUCUUAUCCGAUGAACUGUGUAACUGUGUAAUUGCGACAUAUGUGUGAUGAGUACAUCGUCUAUAGAAUGAUUGUUGAAGAGAGAGGAAAAAAAAAAGAAGAAUAGCAGAGUUACGUCGUAAUCCAGUGCCACGUCCGUGAUAAUUAAUAUUAUUAAGAAAUUGUUACAUUUACCUCCUAGCUUAUAUUCUUCUAUUUCGGACCUAUACUCAACCGAGAAAUACUCUAUUUAACGUGGCUUUGGUGAUAACAGUAGCAUCCCAGAGUAAUAUAGGGAAAAAUUAUACGAUUAGAGAUUAAGAAAUUAAAAUUUUUUCACAAAAAAAAAAA